AUGUCGAUGAUGGUAAAGCAAGGAGUUGCAAAGAGAGUUUUAGAGAAACAUAUUGAGGAACUAGAAAAAGAAAGACAUACCAGGGAUUUAUUUCAUCAAAGAGAUGUUUCCGAUAUUAAACGUGAAUUGAAAGUGCAAGACGCUGACGUAAAAGACGUCAAAGGAAGAAAAAGUGUUAAAAACGAAUUACCACCAGUAACCCUGUUUAAUAAAGAAAGAUCAAGUCAACUAGGACGAUCAGUGCAAAAUCAACAACAAAACAGACUAGCGGUUCAUAGACAUUCUAUAGAUAUUGCCGAUAUCGCUAGAUUUAAGACUGACAUGAACCAAGAAUCAAACGCUGGUGAUUCCGUCGUGAAUCAAAUGCAAUCAAUUCUGAAUCAAACUAAAGCCAGGUCGACCAAAACAUCAGAUGAGAUAUGGAUGGAACGUUUUCAAGAGAGAUUUCCUAGUGCAGCUGCUAAGGCUGAAAAUGCUCUGAAACACCCCGAUAUGAUAGACGGUAAACAGUUUGUUAUAAUCGAGAAGAGUAAAUCCCCAAGGUCAAGUCGUAAACCUAAGAACGCUGCCAAAGGUUUGUCUGAUGUGCCAACUGUUAGUUUGGAUUUGUUAUUUGCGAAGGAUGAUCGGAAAAAAGUGAGUUUUGAUGAAAGAAACAGCCCAUCUGGUAGUAAUAAAGAUGCAGAUGAGCAUACUGAAUUCUAUCGCCUUGGUGAUGACGAAGGGGCCUGGAAAUCAGCGAGAAAAUGUCGUUAUUUACGAGGAUAUGACCCCCCUGAUAUGGUAUUACCUGAAGGUGAAAACACACAGUUUGUUUUUGGUAGAAACUUUAACCAAGCACUGGAAGACAAGCGCAAACACAAAGAAAAUGCCCAGUGAAUAUGACACUAUUACAAUGUUCAAUUUGUAUGCGCAU